UUUCAACAUGGCGACUGGAAGCGAUAUCGAAAUGAGAGAUUAUUGAAUGACACAUAUUUAUUAUUAGUUGUUUCAUUUUAAACUCUUUUCCUAUAUUUUGAAGUAAACCUGGACAACCGAUAGGAUUUCUUCAAACAGUCGCUGGAAUGCAAAAGGUAGAAAGUAAAUGGAGAUGUCGACUGAAAACAAUGAUACCUCAGGCACUUCCGUUACAGAAGUAGCUCCAACUUCAACGGUAAAUAACAGUGUAUCCAAUUCUGAAACUCCAGCCAAUGGUGUGGAACAUACAGAUGUCAGCUGGCCAUCAGAGGAUAAGAAUCCUUUCAGUGGAUUUUCUGAGGAGCACUUAAGCAAACUGGACGAAUUUCUAUCAUCAGAAGAGGCCAAGAAGAUCUUGCAGCAGACAUCUGAGGGCGAUUUCUCGAGCACGAUGGCAGAACUGGAAACAGCCCCACCAUCUGCCACAGCAGAGGUCCUAGGAGAAGAUCUCUUAAAGAUGCUGGAUAAUGGAAGCAUGCACUCAACCAAUUUAGAUCAUCCUUAUUGUGUGAAAGUGCCCAAGCCAAAUAUUUCUAAUGCUGUGACAACUAACUCUAAAGUAGUAGUUGUGCCAAAUCCUGGAGUUCAGUCAUCUGUAGUACCACCUCUUACUGUGGAAGCCACAAACACAAGCACCACCCCAACCACUUCCCCAAGAAAAUCGGCGAGAAUUUCACUCCGACGAGACCCUGAGGGGGAGCCAAAGGAAGAGAGUGAAGCAGAGUCCUCAACUACAGGCUUUGUGGGAGCAGUGCACCCUGGGAUUGUUCAGCCUGGAUUUGUGGGAGCAGUGCAUCCUGGGAUUGUUCAGCCUGAACAUGCUGGUGUAGGAAGAGGAAGGGGGCGGGGCAGGAGGAGUCUAAUACCUGAAGACACACCCACCAAUAUUAGGCGAUCCAGUCGUGUGAGCGAUAAGGAACAGAGGGAUUUAGCUGAGAAGAUCAGACAGGAGAAUCUUCUACAGGAAAAGGCAGCUUUAGAGGCACUUAGAAAACAAGAGGAACAAGAGGAAGAGAGUGUUAAGACGGGGCCCAGAAGAGGGAGACCUCCAAAGACUGAGGCCUUAGACACUCCAGAAUCAGCACCCAGAGGCAUUAAAGCCUCUGUAGCCAAGAAUAAGAAGGGGAGGAAAUCCCAGCAAGAAUCUCAGAAUGAAGAAGAGAGUAGUGAAGAUGAAAGCCUUACUCCUAAAAGAACCUCUGCCAGGACUGCAAAGGGAAAGAAAGGGAAAAAGGUUGAAGAGGAAACCGAAGAAUCUUCAGCAACAGACACAGAUAAAAACAGCAAAGGAAAAGGGAAGAACAAACAAGAUUCUGAGGUUGAGGAUCCUCCAGUCAGGAGAGGAAGAAGACGGAAGAAGGAUCAGACGAUAGACAGUGAAAGUGAAUCACCGAAGGAGCAGGGAAAGAGGCUGACCAGGAGUGGAGUGAAGGACUUAUCAGACACAGAUAAUACUCCACAAAAGGGCAAGAAAGGCAGGAAAAAGGGAAAAGGAAAGGAAGAGGAUGUGGAGGAGAAGGAAAGCCCAAAAGGAAAGAAAAAGGGAAAAGGAAAAGUGAAGGAAGAUUCUUCAGAAAGUGAGGAUGAUCUUCCUUUGAAAGAUAUUAAAAAGAAUAAAGGAAGUCCAAGUGAAAAGUCACCCAAAAAGAAAGGAGAAGAAGAAAGUGAUGACAAAUCAGAAAUUGUAAAAACAUCAGUCCCACAAACUCCAGGGAAGAAAUUAGCUCAAGAAAAACACUCUGAUGAUUCUCCAAGGAGUAUUUUUAAAAUGUUUGAAAGUGGAUUAAUUCAAGAGGGACAACAGGAGACUGUUGAAGUUUCCCAGCCUGUUGUGUCCUCUCUGGUGACAGAGGUUUUGGAACUGCCCAUAAACCCUGGUAAAAAAGCGGAACAAAGUGGAGACCCAGCGUCUGCAGAUGUUGAUGCAGCAGGGACAAGUGAUCAAACAAAUGCAAAUGAUUCUAAAGGAUCUGAGCAGCUUACACUGGAGGUUGAAGCUAAAGUUGAGGAAGUUAAUUAUGAGGAUUUCAUAACAUCCAUGGGAGAACCUAAAGUUACAGCCAAGAAGGAAAUCGUUGACAGUGACGUGAAACCAGCUAAACCUGUGAAGAGGAAACCACGGAAAUCAGAGGAAGUCAAGGUAGAUCAGAGCAUGUUAGAUUUGUUCAAACCUGAUGUGGAUGUGUCCAGCAAAAGAAAGGGCAGUGUUAGUGGGAAAAAGGAGGUGCCCUCAGCUGGAGAAGUGGCUAAAUCAGGGGAAAAGACAAGUGACACUAAGAGAAAACUGUCAGUGUCUGAUAAAGUCUCUAGUCAUAAAUCAGCAGAUACUGGCAAACCAAAGAAAGACACAGGAACAGAGAAGACUCACAAAGACUCAGAGAAGGAAACAUCAUCUCAUGAAAGGAUUCGAAGAGAUUCUGAAAAAGAAAAGAUUAAAAAAGAUGUGAAGAAAAGUAUUGCUCAUGGUAAAAAUGAGAAAGAUGAAAGUGAGGAUAAAAAAGGAAUUAAAGACGUAAAAGUGAAGGUAGGUAAAGAGGACAAGAUAGGAAAAUCUGAUAAAGAAUCUAACACAGCAGAAAAAGGUGCCGUAAAGAGUGAAAGUUCAGAAAAAAUUAAAGACACAGAGAAAUCUAAACAAAAGCAAGUGAAAAUGGACACAAAAGAGGAGAAAGUUAAUAAAGAAAGUGAAAAACUUAAAGUAAAGGAUUCAGAUAUAAAGAAAACAAAGGAUGAAAGUGAAAGUGUUGUUGCAGAGGAAAAAGACUCAGAGAAAGGUAAUGCAUCUGUUAGUGAAAUCAAGGUGGAAAACAAAGAAGAAACAAAAGGAGAAAGUGAAUCAGAUCCUAGUGAUAAAGACAUUGAUAAAAGGAAAAAAGAUACAGAUAAUGAUCAUGAGAAAAAAUUCACUGAGGGAAAAGUAACACAAACAGAAAAAGAAGUGUCUGAAAGUUUCGAGAAGACAGAGGAAACUAAAGAACCACUGAAUGAAGAGGUGGGGGCUUCUCCUGGUGGGCGGGGACAAAGGAAGGCUAAGCUGAAAUUCCUGAGGGAAAAACUGCCAGAAAUGACCGAGAAAGAGAAAAGACCAAUCAAAAAGAAACUGGUCAAAGAGAAAAAGCCAACUGAAGAGAAAGAAAAGGAAAUAGACAGUGAUGAUAGUGAUGAGUUAAGCUUCGAGGAUGAUGAGAAUGACUCGGACUAUGAGGCACCAGGUGAAAAAUACUGCAUUUGUAAACAGCCAUAUGGCAAGAGGUUUAUGAUUUGUUGCGAUACCUGUGAGAACUGGUACCAUGGUUCCUGUGUGGGCAUCACUAAAGCCCAGGGUAAAGAGAUGGAGAAAAACAACAAAGAGUAUCUGUGUCCUCCAUGUAAAGAGAAGCAGGCUGGUCAUAAGGAAAAAGUGGCUCACCCUGCAGACAGCACUGUGUCCAGCGAUAAAGAGGAGAAGCACAAGAAAGUAACCAAAGAGGAUAGACCUGGAAGUGGGGGGAAAAGGAAAGAAGGAGAUUCUGAGAAACACAAGAAAGGAGAGACAUCAGGAAGGAGGGACUCAGAGAGGUCUGAUGAGGGGAAAUCCAAGAGGAAAGUGGAGCAUCACACAGAGUCCCCUCUUAAAAAGCUCAAGGAGGAUAAACCCGAGGGAAGUAAGCCUUCCACCAAUGUACAACCAGGUGAUGAGAAGCGCAGACAUUCUCUGGAUUCCAAAUCUCACUCCAAGAAAACACCCUCAAAGGAGAGAUCUCAUUCCAUGUCAAAAGAUAGAAAUCACGGGGAGAAAAAGUCUGAUUCAGUGAAGGACAUUGCAGCACAGAGAUGUGUCAAUACUCAAUGUAACAAGUACGCCAAGAGAGAGUCGGUGUAUUGUGGAACAGAUUGUAUUCACCAGCAUGCUAAAGACUCUCUGAGAGCCCUCAAUCGAUACGAUGCAAAGCGGGGGAAAACUCAUGGUCCACUUUGGCGUGUUCCUGUGAGGGAGAGGAAGACGGGGAGAGUGUACACUGGUUCUAAUGCUCCACUAGAGAGUGUGCUCAUCACAUGGCUCCUACAACACCCCACAUUUGAAGUGAUCCACCCCAAAUCCUCAGCCAGUGGAAGUCAUGAUAAAUCCAAAGAUCAUCAUCAUAAAGAGAAAUCCAAGCAUCAAAAGUCCCCUGCUCAUCAUGACAGCAAGGAUAAACACCACAACAGUAAAGACAAGCAUGGUGACAGUAAAGACAAACCCGGUCAUAGUGGUCCAGCCCUAGAUAAGGUGUCAGACGAAGCUAAAGGCAAGAAAGAAGACGGGCCAGAUGUCGUCCGCCUUAAUGUCAGGAAGUCCCUCAGAGAUGCUCUCUUAAACAGGGCUGAGGGAGCUGAUGAUGUGAUGUUGUCCACCAUUGAGAUCCGAACUAUUGCUCUGAAGAUAGAAGAAGAGCUGUUCGCAGUGUUUCAGGAAACUAGUCACAAAUAUAAGGCCAAAUACAGAAGCCUCAUCUUUAACAUCAAGGAUUCCAGAAACCAGGGUCUGUUCCGUAAAAUCCUGAAUGGACACAUCAAACCCAGUGAGUUGGUGAAAAUGACCCCCGAUGAGCUGGCAUCAAAGGAACUAGCAAAAUGGAGAGAAUUUGAAGCUAAACAUCAACUGGAGAUGAUUGAGGCUGUGGAGAAGGAGCACAUGAUGGAGGGACAACACAUUGUGAAGAAAACUCACAAAGGCGAGAUUGAUAUGGAUGAAGAUCUCAGCACGCUAGAGGAUAAAGGAGUAGGACGGGAGAAGAAGCAUGAUACAUCACAGGAAGAGGAGGCUAACACAGAAACCUCAGAUGUCAUCAUGGACACCACCGGGCAGCAUAAAUUACACGUGUUUGACCUUAACUGUAAGAUCUGUACAGGGAAAGUGGCCCCACCUCUAGAGGAGACCACCCCUAAAAAGGAAGUGACUGUAGCCAAACAAGUACAGGACUCUCCCAAGAGUGUGAAAGAAAAGCCGCAGCAUAAGAAGUCUGAGGAGGAUCAGAAGAAAGCAGAGAUGGUUGUGAAGGAAGUUCUAAAGGCAAUACAGAAAGCUAAGGCUGAGGUUCCAUUGGCUGACUCUACGGUCACUGUCAGAUCUCCUGAUUCGGCCUUGCAGUCAGGAUUAGAGAAGCCAAAGUUUACCCCAUCUGGGCCUCAGCUAUGGAAGGGUUUCAUUCAGAUGCAGGAUGUGGCUAAGUUUGUAACCACAGCUUAUCCUGUGUCAGGACAAGCAGACAAGCAGGAUCUACCAGACACUAUCCAUGUAUGUGGAAGAAUUGGACCCGAACAGAUCUGGGACUACUUGGCAAAAAUGAAGAAAGUAGGAUCUAAAGACAUAGUCAUACUAAGGUUUAUUCCUGGUGGAGAUGAAGAGAAGACACAUUAUAUAAAUCUCUACUCCUACCUGAACAGUCGAGCCCGCUGUGGGGUGGUGGGAAACAAAGCCAAACACAUCAAGGAUUUUUAUAUCCUCCCCCUAGCCUCCCACAGUCAGAUUCCCUCUGUGCUUACUCCGUUUGAUGGUCCAGGUUUGGAGGAUAAUCGUCCCCAUAUGUUACUGGCAAUCAUGGUCAAGCAAAAGCAAAAACGUCAUAGUGACCAUGAUCAUCACCAUGACAGCAAGAAAUCCAAACACGAUUAUGAACAUCAUCGCAGUAAGAGUAGCAGCAGUAAAUCCUAUGUCCCUCCAAGUUCAAAAAGUUCAUCUAAAGAUUCAUCCAGAUCUACUAACAAGUCUUAUUAUGAUUCUUCAUCAUCUGAAACAAGCACCCCUAAAUCAGGGGGUGGCACCCCAAAAGUUCCCCCGAAUCCUGGAACCUCUACGGAGAAAAGUGACCCCAUCAUAAAGGCCUACGGAAAAGGGGCAGGACUUGUAGAUGAUGAUAAUGAUCAAGAGAGCCGAGCAUCUGCAGAGGAUAUUCCUUAUGAUCCAGAGGAUGACUCGCAGCUCCCCUACAAGAAAGCCAAGGUAGACCGAGAGGAUAAGAAACCUGUGGAGAAGCCAUCAUCAGCCUCCGUAACAGAUCUUAUAGCCAGGAUCUCUAAGUGCAAUACACCGGCAGAGUCCACUGCCCUUACUGUGGCAGCUCUCGCCACACUCAAGUCGACACAAGAAAAGAGACGAUUUCUACUGGAUCUCACUUCUAAAGUUGAGGAGCAGAAGAAACUGUUGGAAAAGAAAGAAGUGGCCAAAUUAACGGCCAGAACUUUAGUGUCGGCAAUUUAUGCCAUCAGUGCAGCUUCAAAAGCCUUGAUUCCUGCUGCUAAAGCUGCAGCCAAGGUAAAAUCUCCAACUGUGUUGCAGCAAACAGCAACAUCUACAACAGAAUCUCCCCAAGCUAGUACAGAUUCUAAACCUGCUGCAGUUGUGCAGAUAUCUAGUGAAGAACAAAGUGUAGUGUCUGAGAGCUCAAAGGCUACACCAACUACUGAUGUUAUGAAGGAGACCAAGUCUGUAUCAUUUUCAUCAGAAGUGACUGUGACACAUGUGGCAGCAGGGGAAUAUGCACCAGAGGAGUUGAAUUCGGGUCAGGAUGUGGACAUGCGGAUUGGCACACAGCCACCAGUGUUGAGUAAACCCAGUGAAGAAAAAGCUAGUUCAGAAAUCAGUGUGACUCCACCAAGCUUUUAUGUGGAAAAUCCUGUUUUAGCAAAUCAAGAUACUCCUUCCUUAGAGGAAGCAAAUAAACCUGUGAAUCCAUCAGAUAUGCCAGAGGCUCUGAAAUCUUUGUUUUCAAUAAUUCCUGGUGCAAACUAUAAUUACAUGAGCAAUAUCAAAGACAAAAGUGAUGUGGGAUCAAAGGAAAAAGGUAAGGUGGAAGCUUAUUCCACUUCUACUGGACAGUUAUCCACUACACAAAAAGUGGAAGAAGUGGAGGAGGGUCAGGUGGAGAAAAAGAACACGUUUAAUGUGUCCCUUUUGGACUUUGACUAUGGAGAUUCAGACAGUGAUGGUGAAGAUUCUCCAAAAAAUUCUAAAAAGGAACAAAAGACUCAAGAACAGGAAACUCCCAGUGAUUCCAAGGAACUGAAAACCAAAAUGGAAGAAUCUGAUUCAGAAUCAAAAGACACAGAGGCAGAAGAAAGGGAUAGAGAAUUGAUGCCCCCUCCACCUUUGCCUGUGACCCUGUUAAAAGACAAUGGAACCCCACCCCCUCCAGAGUCAGAUUUGCCUCCUUUACCCCCAGAGCCUCCUCCCCCUCUCCCUGAACAUGAACCAGAGGAGGAAAUCCAAGAGGACAAUAAAAAGAAGAAAAAGAAAGCACCCAAGCCCCCUCCAGAAAUUGUUCUUACUGCUGUCAACCCAGUUGGCAAAGCAAUAUUACAAGCUACUUAUCAGAAACUGGAACAUCAGAAAAUUCAACAAAUGAAUGUUCCUCCACCUCCCUUGCCCCCUCUGUCCCUUGCACCAACAGGUGUUCCCCCUCCUACAGGUGUGCCCCCACCUAUGGGAUUACCUCCUCCAACUGGUGUUCCACCCCCUAAUUUACCCCCAAUGUCAUCCAAUGCUCAGAACAUGCCAGGACCAUCAACAUCAAUUAUGCCAGUUUCAGGGCCACCACCUCCAUUUUUGCCUGGUUCAGGGCCACAGUCAGGAUUACCUCUGUUAUCUGGGCCCCCUCCUCCUAUAUCUGGUCCACCACUUUCUUGUCCCACACAGACAUUGCCCUUGCCAGGACCUUCACAGUCUGGAAUGCCUCCCCUUGUGCCUCCUCCUAUUCCUGUUCAGGGUGUGCCACCGAAGUCAAUGCCAUUACCUAUGCCUAUGGGCACAGGCCCAGAGGGGCCACCUCCACUUCAGGGUCAUCCCCAUAUGUCACCUAUGGAGGACCAACGCCAUAGACCACACAGACAACACAUAGAAAAAGGAUAUGCUGGUAAACCGUGGGAGGACACAAGCUUGGUGGACGAGGCCUUGACCUUGCCAUUAGAGGACCAGGAUUUCAGAGAUCGGGACUUCAGGCAUGGGGAGGAUGUUGAUGAAAGGAAACAGCCUUGGAAAGGUCAAAGACAAAAGUUCCCUCCUCCCUGGGCCCAAGAUGUGGACCACAGACACAAUCAGGACACUGGCCCACCUUUGGGCUCCGAGGACAGGGAUUUCAGACAUUACCCCCGUGGUGAGGACCUUGAUUACAGAUCUAGAGACUAUUCCAAAGACAAUAGGCUGGAAUACGAGGAAGACCAGGACUACAGGGCACAAGAGAGGGGGCAUCACAGACGGCGGAAAAAACGACGACACAGCCCCGAGCAUUCUUCAUACAAAAAAUCCCGACAUCAUGACAGAGACAAGCAUUAUCAUGGUCAUGAUGACAAAGAUGAUCGGAGCAAAAAGGAGGAGGAGAAAAGUUCUCAGCAGAAAAAGGAGACUGAUUUACCAAAGCCUGUGCCUCCACCUGGGGUGGUUUCUACAAGUGAUCCCCCACCUGGAGGGAAACCUGGGCCUUCUUCCCAUAGAGCUCCCCCUCCCCGGUUACAGCCAGCUCCUCCUGGAGUGGAUGACUGGGAAUAGCCUUCACCACACUUACACCUAUCAUGUCUCGGCGAUUACUGUUGUUCUUUAUUUGUUGUAAUUCAUUGCCUUGUGAACAAUUAUGAAGAUAGUAUUAUUUUUAAUUCUGACUCUAGCUGUAUGGAAUGAGGUGGAAAAGUAUCAUUAUUUUGUGGUAUAUUUUACUUAUUUACUUGCUGUCUGCAAGUUGUGUAAAAGUUCAUUGAAGAAAAAAAUAUUAGUGUUUCAAAAGAAUGAUAGGAGGUUGCUUUUGUAUACAUGUAUGAACAUUUUGUAUAAUGAUAAAAGAAUAAUUGGAGGUUCUGAUUUUGAAACUUUAUUGUAGAUAUAAUUAAUACAAUAUACAUGUUUAUGUCUAUGAACAAUUUUUUUCUGUUAAUGACGUAAUUUUAAGAAAUUUGGUAUAAUCAUGAAAUUAUCACUAUAUUUUUUGCUGUCGACAUUCUUAUCACUUAUUAAAUGGCAUUAUUUUUUUUUUUUUUAGAAAUUUCUGUACAGAAACAAGAUAGUACAGAAGUUUAAUGACGCUCCCCCAAAAAAAGUGAAACUGAGGUGAACUUAGAUCAUAGCGUUUUGUCUGGAAUAAAAUUUGAAGUAGCUGUUUAGGUGAAUGUAGAUCUCUAUAUUUUAAAAUCUCAUUUGUAUAUGAAGGUGGACAUCAAAACACAAGGUAGUUAUCUUCAGUGUCAAAUUCAAAACAUUGAACAGUCAUGCAGCAAUUUUAACUGUAAUUUCUUUGGUUGAGAAAUAGCAAGUUGAACCUUUACAGAAAGCAUUCAUAUUUGUGAUUAAUUUUUUUAGCUCAUCUGAACUGAAGGCUUAAGCAAGUUUUUUUUAAAUCAAAAUUUGGUGUCCAUCUAUGAGACCAUCUCUCUGUUCACUGUCUGUAGAUUUUUCUCCCUUUUAACUUCUUCACUAUCACUGACCAAUUUGAACAAAAUAAGGCUCAUAUCUUAGGAUAAAGGUAGUUCAGUAUUUUCAAAUUGGGAGUCAUAUCUUUAAGUGAUAGGGAAAAUGAAGUUGGGACAUUGAAAUAAUUGGACCAGGUAAACAAAACUGAAUAGAAAGCAAAUCUUCAAAUCCUGAUAUUGCAAGCAUCCUAUAAUGUAGCGUUUAUUCCAAUUUGUGCUCAUCUAAGCAGGCAUCAAAGUAGGUCUAUACAAGGUAUACAGAUUUUAGUUUGAUGUAAAGAUUGUAAAGUUCAAAGAAUGGAUUUAUAUUUUCAUUUUGGAUGUCUCCCUUCCAACUAUUAUAUGUAAUUUUAAUGUUAACCUACGUUACUGAUGUUUUGCAAUCUGAAUGUGUUGGCAUUUACAUGUAUGUCAACAGAAAUUGUAUUGUUAUUACUUACGAAAUAUUCAUUUGGCAAAUGUCAAUAUAAUUCAGACAGCAGUUCAAGCUCAUGCUGCUUCAGACUGGGACUUAAUGCCCUAUUAGUGUAAAUUCCAGCAAAAUAAGGACAAAGUGGAUUAUUUCCUCCCAGCUCAUGCUUUUUAGACUAUCAAGACUUUGCUGCAUCCAGUUCUGUUUAAAUGAAUUGGAAAUUAAGAGAAUUUAUAUUGUGUAAGGACUUGUAUCCUUUGCAUUUAUAUUAAUUCUUCAAUUAUACAGAAGUGCCCGUUGUGAGUUUUACAGCUUUGUUUUUCAUUCAAAUGUUGAUGAAUUUGUUUCAUUUGAUAGAGUACUUGUUGAAAUGUUUUAGUUGCGAUGAUUGGGUUUUGAACGUACCUUGUACAUGGUAAAUAAAUGAAUUAAAAACCAGUG